AGGUUUUAUUUUUUAAUCAUUCAAAAGAUUAUUAUAUAUGGAAAGUAUAUAUUUACUUUUACUUUAAAAACAAGCAAAAUAAAAGGGGGACAUGAAUAUGCUUUGCGAAAAAUGAAUUUCGCUUCUGAAUUUACAAAAACAAGUGCUAUUUUUUUUGUCAAAUAAAAAUAUGCUUUUUAAUCUUAAAAGAUUUCAAUAAUAUUGUGCAAAAGUGUACAAAUUAACAAGAAACAAAAAAAAAAAACUACUUAAAAAAACUGAUUACUUGCAGACAGCUUUGAAUAGCUAAAAAAAAUUCUAUGUACUAAAAAGGUUUUAAAGACAGUUCUAUGAUUGAUUAGAGCAAAAAAAACACAGAAAAAGUUAUGGCAACUUUUAAUUCGUCGUCGAACGUAUUAAACAGCUCUGUUAAAUCAACUGAAGCCGUUCAAUCGACGGCGGCGUUUCUUCUUCCAUCACCGUCACCUUUGCUCGGUCUAACUGCGCCAAGUUUUGCAACAACAUCUUCGUCUGUCGAAAACCAAUCUUACAUUGGAAUUCAACAAAAGAAUUUGCCCAGCCUCACCCAUCACCAUGUCAACUCAUUGUCUAGUUUCACAUUUAUGGAAAUUAAACGAGAACCUUGCCAAGUCUCUGAAGUAACAACUUCAAAUAAUUUACAUACAAAUCUAAAUUCUAAAUCACUGUCGUCGUCGACUAUGACGACUUUGGUUAAAAUUGAAUCCACGUCACCCAAAAUAUCCGAUAUGGAUAAAUCGACAACAGAAAUGCACACAAAUAAUUCCAUGCAAGUUGGUCUAACAAGAAAAAAACCACCGGACACAGCACCUGUACAAUCUCCAAGAGAUGUUAACUAUUUUGGAAUUCGUGUUGCAGAUAUAGGUGGAGUAUCAGCGGGGGGAUGUGGCAAUAUAUAUUUUGCAGGAACUGAUUUAAUGCCUGGUGGAAAUAAUGAGGAUAUAAGCAGUAUACAUAACGAAAGCCGGUCUUCAACGUUUUGGCAAUAUCCAAAUGCUUUUCCACUUGAAUCAGUAAUAUCAAUGUCGCCUGUUGGCCUACAAUAUGCACGUGAUCCUGGUAGAGGACAAUUGGUUUUAAUCCCAACAACAUCUGCCAUGGAUUCUUUUCCACAAGCUGCUUUUCUUUGGCCGCCAUACAUGCAGCAAAAUCCAACUGCACUACAAACAACUCCAAAUUUUAUAUUUCCGUCUAUGAGUCCGCAAACAAGUGCCCUACCUCCGACAUAUGGGGCACCUCUACAGCUUUUGGGACCAAACUAUUUAACUACAGCUAGUGCAUCAUCGACAGUUUGUCAUCAUUCACAAGCUGUAGGCAACAGUUUUCUCUCUAUUUCGUCAGAUACGAGAAGAACAGAACUGUCCCAAAAACACAAUCCUAUGAAAAUGGAGACCUUUAAUCCACAUCAUAGUCUAAACAAGGGAAACUUAACAUCAAACUUUGAUACUACUAACAAAGUAGUAGACAAAUCAAAAGAUCAUCAAGAAUCUAGUUAUUCGCUAUCAAAUGCAAAUCUAGUUGGCCCAGUACCAUUGAUUCAAAAUAAUGAGCAGUCUCAUUCUUUAUUGAACAAUACACAUUCCCCAUCGGAACUUUUAACAAUCCCAAUGAUACCUGCUAAUUAUACAAUUCCAGCCAAUAUGGCACCCUUAACCCCACCACAAAUGGGAGAUGUUGGUGCUACAUAUAAAAAUUCUGCUGUCAGAAGUUCUGGUUUUUUGAAAACGCCCGAAAUGCAAGAUGUAAAUAUACAAACAGAUACUCCUGUAUGCAGUGAUGAUGAGAGUGCUCCCACAGAAUUUAAUUCUACAGAGUUAGUUUCGUACAAUUUACAACAGCCCUUGGACAAAUUUAGAUCCGUAUCAAGCCUCUGCCAUAACAAUUGUGUAGGAUGCAAAACCACUUCUUCAUCAAAAGAAAACUCUAUUGAUUCCUUACCACAGUGCACUACCACGUCAUAUGAUAUUGCUAAACACAAUACUUCGUUGCCGGCUAUGCCAGAAACGUAUGUUUAUGAAAAGGAAUGUAUUUCAAACAGGUCUGCUAACAAAAACGAAAUAUAUAACACAGAAAGUUCUACUAUUCUUCCAAGUGCCGAAAGUAAUAGCGAAAGCUCAACUUUUAAACCAACCAGUAAUUCUACUGCUCCUGCUCCUUUGCUAGAGAUGUCUGGAUUAGAGCUUCUUUCAAAUAUAAGCACAGGAUCAUUUGUUAAUCACGAUUCUCUUAAAGCAGUUCGUGUUAAACAAGAACCAUGUGAAAAUAUUGAAAAUGAACGAACAAAUGAUUCAUUAAACAACUCUGAGCCAUACGGUCUCAAUUGUAGUAAUACUUUUGAAAUUUCAAAUCCAGAUCCAAAAGAAAAGGUAAAUUUAUGUGAUUCAAUUAAAACUUCAACACCAAGAGGUGAAGAAAAAUCACUAGGAGGUCUCAAUCUACUCUGUGCUUUAGCUGAACAGAGAAUACAAGAAGAGGUCGAGAACAAUAACUUAACAACUAAAGAAUCGAGUUCCGAAACCAAAAAAAGAAAACAUAAACAUUCCAAAUCGAAGUCCAACAAACAAUCGCGAUACUAUAAAGGAAAAAAUAAACACAAAUUUUUAAAAGAUCGUAAGAGAUCUGACAGUGACGAUGCGCACGAAAAUUUAAGAAGUGUUUUCAGAAAGGUCGAUCCGAAUUAUAAAAAAUUGAAUAAAUGGCCGGAUCCAGAAGAUUUCUUUAAGGCAAUGGAAUCAGAUAUGCGAAUGCGAUUGGCUGACAUAACGAGGCAAUAUAAAAAGAAAAAACGAAAGUUGGAUGAAAUUAAUAAAAUAAAGAAACGAAAAAAGAGUUCCGAAUACAAAUUUGCAAAUAUUUCUUGUAAAAAUCCAAGCUUUAUUUGUUUUCUUGAUAAAUUUCAAUCAACAACUUCGAAUUUUCCCCCAUCUGCUGAUGAAACUGAAAUCAAAUGUUUAAGCUUUCAGAAUAAAAACCUUGCAGGUGGUAAUAUGACAGAAACAACAAUUAAAAACAAUGAAAACACUUCUUCAGUUGUCUUAAGUGAGGCAACUUCUGCAAUAAGAUUAAAUACGCAAAGGGCAUCUGAAAGUUUUGUUAUGUCGGAAAAGCAACGCUUGAAAAGUAAAAAAUAUAAAACAAAGAACAUACCAACAUUAAAAGUUGAUAGAAGUACUUUUGAAAGCAGUCUACUUACGACAACAAAAUGUCAACAAGAACAACAAUCAAAACAGCAGCAACAACAAACGAAAAAAGAACAAACACAACAAAAACAAAACACAGUAAUCAAAGAGGAAAAUAAAUUUGCUUUGAAAAUUGAUAAAGAAAUAGUUUUAUCAAAUGAGCAUUUAUAUCGUAAGGAAACACGAGUUUUGACCGAUAUGGGUGGUCUAUUUUAUGCAGGAAUUUUAAGACCAUUACAACCACCAGAUGUGUAUGCCAUUACACUCGAUGGAGAAAGGGGAAACAAAUCGCAUAUAAUGUCAAGGGAAGAAAUUUUAAAAGACGCUAUAUUAGAAGUUGUACCAAAAACUAUUAAAAACGUUCCUACAGGAACACGGCUUUGUGCAUAUUGGAGCCAACAAUAUCGGUGUUUGUAUCCAGGAAAAGCCAUCGACUCUGAAACCACAGAUGUGGGCUCUGAUUUUGUAAGCGUUGAAUUUGAUGAUGGAGACAGUGGCAGAAUUCGUUUGCAGAAUAUACGAUAUUUAAUGAGUGACUAUCCAAUUGUUGAAUACAAUGAAAAUCCUUUCAACAACCUUGGCAAAAAUAAAAAAUCCAGUUGUACAAAAAACACAUCAUUAUCUAACGGAUCGAAUGAAGAAACAGGAUUCGAGUCAGGAAUCCAAGAAAACAAUAAAAUUUCCUUUAAAAGCAGAACCGAUAAAACAAAGAAUCAAUUUCAUCAUAAAAUUUCUUCACACAUAAGCAAAUUAAAUGAGUGUGAACAUAAGCACACAAAACAUAGGAAAAAAAAGAAACACAAAAAACAUCAUCGCAAGUCUUCAUCAUCGCAAAAUUCAAUUACUGUUAUUAAUGAAGAACAUACUGAAAUACAAAACUUCAAUUAUAAGGAACUUAAAUCAGAUCAACUAGAAGAACAAACAGUAAACGAAUUAGAUACAGGCGUUGAAAACAGCGACUUAGAUAAGCCGAAUAUUAAGUUAUUACUUCACAUUGACGAAAAACCUGAAAUCAAUGGAUUAGAAGAUGAAGAUUCAACCUCAAAUGUUGUUUCCGAAAAUUCUGAUGAGACCAGAAAUGAAAGGAUAGAUUACAACAGUGGUAAAGGGAGCAAAAUAGCUGCAUUUUUACCAGAGCGUCAAUUGUGGGGUUGGCUCGGACAAGCAUAUCGCAAGGCAGGUUUAAAAGGUAGAGCACGGAAACAAUUUUUCAAAUCUAUAACAAGGGGGAAAGAAACAAUAACCGUUGGCGAGUGCGCUGUUUUUCUUUCUACGGGAAGACCUGAUCGACCAUAUAUUGGUCGAAUCGAAGCAAUGUGGGAAACAAUAUCGAGCAACAAAGUUGUUAGAGUUCGAUGGUUCUAUCAUCCCGAAGAAACAACUGGUUGUCCUACUUUAAAAUACCCCGGUGCAUUAUUUGACUCACCACAUGAGGAUGAAAACGAUGUGCAAACUAUUUCCCAUAGAUGUGAAGUCAUUGAAUUUUCAAUGUACAUUGCAAAGUUUGGCUCAGAUUCUGCGCAAUAUCAAUCAAUUUAUGAUAAUAAUGAUACAUAUUACCUGUCAGGUUACUAUAAUCCAAGGUCACAAGUUCUUAAAAUGCAACCAGAUAUUCCAACCUUAGACGGUACCAGUUUAUAAUGUAUUCUUUGUCAAAACUUAAAUUCAACAUUUAAUUGUGAUAGAAAAAUAUGUUGUUAAUUUGCAUCAAGUUAUUCGAUAAAAGAAGUGGAUUAAAAUAAUAAUUAAUGAAACUUU